UUUUUUUUUUUUUUUUUUCUCAGGAGCACUCUCACACGCACUGUCCUGCAACAAUUACAAACAAAAAGCACACACACUCACACUCACACUCACACUCACACUCACACUCACACUCACACUCACACUCACACUCACACUCACACUCACACUCACACUCACACUCACACACACAUAAUCUCUCUCUAACCCUUACCCUGACCGUUCACACAACAUAGACUUGCUCUUCCAUCACUAUAAUAGAUUUGUCUCUCUUUCUCUCCCUCUCCUCUCUCUAUCUCUCUGUCUGUUUGUCUGUCUGUCUACGACGACAUUUCAGCACUUUCUUAUUCAGGGCCAUGGUCAUCCACGGCAUAUCUCUCCUGAGCCUCGCUCGCCUCCUGUUGCUGCUCAUCUUUAGCCAUGAAAUAGCUGCUCAGAACGCCUCGAACUAUAAACCCAUAUCCUACGCAGCUUCUGCUAUCCUAUCUGAUGGAUCUCUUUACCUCUAUGGGGGCGUCAUCAAAUUCGCUGUGACCAACGCUGGCACCUCCCAAUUCCUACGCAUCGAUCUUACCCAGAACUUCGACACCACAUCCCCGCCAUGGGUCACCCUUCCUGGGUAUCUCACUUACACAAUGGUUGAGGCAACACCUAGUAUGAAUGGAGAACAACUUAUUCUAGGCGGAAACAGAGACAUUGAUGGCCCACUCUCAUAUAUCUAUGAUGUCGCCCAUGCUAAAUGGACCAUCACCCCUACACUUCCAGGCAUGAGCACCAUGACUGGUUACAAACGCAGCAACGUCGGCAUGGCACUCGAUCGCCACACAGGCUUGGUCUAUAUUUAUGGCGGUUUCAACCGCGAUGUCUUCUUACGUGAACUCAGUGUUUUGGAUACAAAUAAUAAAGGUCCCAGUGAGAUGAAAUGGACCCUAUCUUUUAAUCAGGCAACGAUCCCAACACUUUACGAACCCUAUGUGCUCUAUCUUCCGACACAACGCAAGAUACUUGUGAUGGCAGGCUGCGUAAGAAUGGACACUCAGGGCUACGCCUCCGCCUGCACACCACUCAAUGUUGGAUAUCUAGUCUCGGGAGGAGCCAGUCGUGAAACUCUAUCAUUGCAAACCCAACAGCUUUCCACCGGACCUGCGGCUCGUUACCAAGGAUGCAGAGUUGUACUAGCGAACGGAGACGUUUUCAUUCAGGGCGGUAGAGACCCUACUACCUUCUAUGGCGAUGCAUGGCUCCUCAACGUAGGUAAUUGGUCUUGGACAUCUAUUACCAUUAAUGGACCCCCUGCAGCCAUGACGCGAGCGGGACAUACUUGUCAGUUAGGACCUAAUGGACAGGUUAUCAUUAUCGGAGGUAAGACUUUCGGGAUUCACAAGAUGUUAUACUAAGAGUGCAAUUCAUAGAACGUGUGUGCAUGGGAUUUGCUGAUCGCAAAUACUAAACUGGCAGUUGAACAGAUGUGCUGAAAAUGACUUUGGGGAAGAGAGGGGAGGGGGGAUGCAUAAAAUGUAUUUAUUGUAAUAACAACGAAGACAGAAGACGGG